AUGAAGCGUUGGCAGGAGGAAGCUGAUGCAGCGAAGGCCAAGAUCGAGAGAUUCAAGGCUGGCGACGCGCAGGGACUGUCAUCGGAUGAGCUGCGGAGGGCCAAGACGAUCGUCGAGGCUGUGCUCCACCCUGAUACCCAGGAGCCCAUCCCGGCUCCGUUUCGUGUCGCAGCCUUCGGCCCUGCCAACAUUCCCAUCUGUGCGGGAAUGCUCAUGAUGCCUCAGACGCGCUUCAAUGUUGUCUUCUGGCAGUGGGUGAACCAGAGUUACAACGCUGGGUUCAACUACAGCAACAGGAAUGCCAACAGCGACCUCAGCAACGAGAAGCUUGCCGCCAUCUACCUCGGGGCAACCACCAUCUCCUGCGGCAUCGCCUUGGGUCUGGGGGAGGCGCUCAAGAAGCUUCCGCUGACUCCCAGCGUCUCCUCCUCCCUCUUCAAGCUCGUGCCCUACAUGGCGGUGGCUGGCUCCAACGUCUUCAACCUCGUCUCCAUGCGCAGCAGCGAGCUCGCUACCGGCAUCCCCGUCAAGGACAAAGACGGCCGCGUGCUCGGGCUCUCCAAGGAGGCAGGCAAGAGCGCCAUCCUGCAAGGAGCCAUCACGAGGGUCGUCAUCCCCGCCCCCGUCCUCCUCUUCCCUCCCAUCAUCAUGCGCUUCAUCGACCAGGCCAAGCUCCCGCCCAGGAUCCGCCCAGCAGCCGAGCUGUUUGUCAUCGUGGCGUCUGUGUUUGGGGCGCUGCCAUGCGCCAUCGGCUUGUUCCCUCAAGAGUCUUCGGUGCCGGUGAGCCGAGUGGAGAGAGAGUUCCAAGGGCUCAAGACCAAGGACGGGGAGGAAGUGAAGCAAGUCUUCUUCAACCGAGGCGUCUGA